AUGAGUGAAAAUUGUAUGGUUUGUGAUUCGUCAUCAGCUCAAUAUCAUUUCGGAGCAACUGUCUGCAGAGCGUGUGCUGCAUUUUUCAGAAGAUAUGUUAACACUAAAAAGCUCACGAUUCUGUGCAAUUGUUUGUCAAAGAAAGAAAGCCAAUACCCUUGUAGACUAUGCCGGAUGAAAAAAUGUCUUGCUGUUGGAAUGGAAAGAUGCAAAGUCCAAGGACCAAGAGAUAUAAAUAACUCAUUGAAAAGAAAAAUGAUAGAAGGGUCAUCUCCAACAUAUUCUUUGUCAUCUGGAUCCCCAGCAUCCACUAUUUCAAAUAUUGAAUUUGGAAUCACACCGCGAAGCGUCGAGCUUAUAAACCUUCUUGCUAAAAACUACCGUAAUCUGGAAGCAACAAGAUCAACAAUUUUCAACAUAAGCGAGGAGAAGAAUGCCCUUGGUGUGAACCUCUAUGAAUUGUCUUUGGAAGUGAAAACGGAUGCAAAGUUGCUAUGGAAACUCUGCGAAACGACGUUUCCGCAGUUUGAUCGCUUGGAUAGAAGCGACAAAAAAACUUUGUUCUACAACUUUUACUCAAAAUGGAGUAUUCUAGAAGUCGCAAUUUUUUCUACAAAAUACAAUGAUCCGCAUAAUUUUUAUUCUCCAUCUGGUUCAGUUGCUAAAUCAAUUAACGAUUUUUAUGUGAACACUGUAAGAGAGGAAGCAAUAUUAACCGAAGAAGAAGUUAUAAGAAUUUUCGAGCCCUAUUGGACGUAUCAUUUUCAAAAUGUGAUUGGUCCACUUGUCAAACUGCAGUUUGGAGAAACGGAGAAUAUGGCACUCUUUGGAAUAAUGUUAUGGGAUGCAGGCUAUGUAAAUGUGAGCGAGGAGUUAGCAGAUGUUUGCCACUCGAUGCGAAAAAUCAUUUGUCGAGAAUUGAGUUCAUACUUAGCUGAAAAUGACGUCUCGCCCAGUAGAUUCUUCGAAACGUUGGAUACAAUUAACAUAAUUGAGGUAACAAAAGCCGAACACAAAUGUCAAGAAGAAAUCGAACUGUGUGGGGUCUACAACUUUGAAGUAGACGAAGAUAUGAGAAAAAUGGUGAUGUGGGAAAAAUAUUGA